GUUGGCCAGGGUGGCACUGCGCCGCGGUGAGCUGACUCCCGUUGUGUGAGAGCGCACAGCGGCACAGCUUCCCUCAAGCUUAUUAUUAUUGCUCGCCCCAGCCGGCCACCGCCGCGCCGCAGCUGCUGAUCAUCACCCACAGACACCGGUAGAUAGCUCUCACAAAGGAUACGGGCUCUCACUUUGACCUCGUACACGUCUCCAGACAAGCACAGCCGUCGCCAGAACAGCGGGGUUAGCAUUGGUGUUGACACCCUUUCCCCAGAAAUUGGACUGCCUCUUAACGGAUCUGAGGACGAAAGACCAGACGAAGAAAACGCUUCCUCUCUUGCGAAGCACUAGCACAAGUCCAUCAUGCCGAUCCUCAACGUCCAUACGGGGUCGCUUCCUUCCUUCGCGCUGCGGAUGAAACAGGACGACACGCUCAAGAGCAUACGCAGCCGGUGCGCCAAGAAGAUCAACCUCUCCCUGGAGGACGGCAUCCCGCUCGUCCUCUGGUACAGAUGGCAGCAGCAGCUGUACACUCUUGAAGAUGACGAUGACUGGGAGAUCUUUGCUGACCGCUUCAGCUCCAGCCACGAGGCUGAUCUCUAUCUGGAAUCGCCUGAGAUCCCAUCCGCUGGCUCUCACGCGGAUGCUCCCAUCGAGGACGGCCGCAUCGGGUCGGUGCAGAACGAGUCCACACCCGUCGCGCGCACCGCUGACCGCGGCGCCAAGGGGACUGCCGUGUCGACCCACCGCGCGCCGCCCAACCCGGUCGCUUCGCUCGAGGAGCACACCGAAGCCGGCGGCGUUACUGGCGGUGGCCGCGACUCGAUCCUGUACCCACCUCCGCGCGAGGCAGCGCCUGCGCCUGGCUGGAGCAAGCCCGUCGUACCCGAGGCGCCGCUGCGCAAUGCAGCCGAAGACGCGAUGAGCCUUCGCUCGCGCAAGACGAUGCAGACGCAGCAGACCGCCACACCCAGGCAUAAGAUUGCGUUCCAGGAGUUCCACUCGCAGCUCGGUGUCCGCCUGCUGCGCGGCAGCAUCGGACCUGUUUCGGACGUGCCGAUGAUGCUCAAGGAGGGAUACCGCCACGUCUACGUCUCUCGCUCAUUUGCGCUCGCCCACGGGUUCAUUCCAAAGGACACGCGACCUGGGUCGUACGGUUUCAACGGCAUCACCAACCUCGGCAAGUGGCCCGUCCAAAUAGGCAGCAAGGCCGUCAGCUGCGUCAUCUACCUUGCAGAAGACUCGUACUUCCCGGUCAUUCUAGGGCGUUCGUUCCAGGAAAAGAGGGGUGUCAAAACCGAUCCGAUCGACCCGGCGAGCAUCCAGUUCCUCGAUAACAACGAGUACGCCGAUGUCGAGAUCGUCGUCGUGCGUGACGAGCAUGGACAGCCGGUCGUCAUCCCAUGACAAGCAGCUUCGAAGCCGAAGGGGAGAUGCGAUGCGCCAAGGGCCCUUGUUUCUUUCGUGUCCCUCUCCGUGAAUCUUCCAUUUAUCUUGCAACUGGGCGUAGCGCGCUUACGAAGAAGUGAGAAUCGAUAAUGUAUUGUGUAGCGACUAUGGAAAGAAUGAAC